ACUCCUAUGCGACAAAACGUCAUUGUGUGCGACAGGCAGCUAGGCUAGAUAACUAGCUACUUUAUAUUGAUUUAUUUUAUCUCUAUUAUUUUAUUUUUGCGAGUUUUAAAUAAAUGCAUUUCGUGAACGACAAUACAAUUGUACGUGCGUGUCGAUUGUUGAAACGAUAGAUUUGCCACAUUCUAUGGCAUCUCUCUUUAAAUUGUAAACUUUUUAGCUAUCGUAGGUAAAUUAGCUAAUUUGGUUUUUUGCUGAAUGAGAUUGGUUUUAUACAUAACUGUAAAUUGGAGACAUAAAUUCAAAAUGACUUCAGCAUCUACUAAGGUGGGAGAGAUCUUUUCAGCUGCCGGAGCUGCCUUCACCAAGCUGGGUGAACUUACCAUGCAGCUACAUCCAGUAGUAGCUGACUCCAGUCCUGCAGGUGCCAAAUGGACUGAGACAGAAAUUGAGAUGCUGCGGUCAGCUGUGAGGCGGUUUGGCGAUGAUCUGAACAGUAUCAGCUCUGUGAUUAAGGAACGCACUGUAGCUCAGAUAAAGACUACAGUGAAGAGAAAACUGUACGAGGAUAGCAGAAUGCCCCUCUCGUCCGACUCCCCCAAAAAGACCUCCAAGAAGACCACAGUCACCAUGGCAACUGCACCAGCCCCCGUGGUCCCAACUGUCUUAGCAGUGCCCACCUCACAGGUCGUUGUGACAACAGGGCUCCAAGGUCCUUCCCCUUUGCCCUCAGCCAUCAAGAAACAAAAAACAGCAGAUGUGACACUCAGUGCUCUGAAUGACUCUGAUGUAAACAGCGAUCUUGUGGACAUUGAAGGGUUGGGAGAUGGCUCCAACACCAAGAAGCUCAACUUUGAUCAAGAGAGUCUCAACCUGGACUCCAGCCUAAUCAUGAACUCCAGUGACCUGCCCCUGCUGUCUCGCUGACCUCUAACCUCACUGCUGGAAACACUGUCCCUUUAUUACAAGAGAGCAGACUAUCCAUUAGUAUCUUUGUUAGAGCAUUUUGGAAAGACUUAAGCAGAUGCAAAUGUAUUUUUUGGGUCAGACCCAAUCAGGUACUUCUACAGAGGAACUCUUCGUCUUCACUGUUCUUCACAAACAUUGUUUGUGCGAGGUAUAGCUUUUCUAUUGAAAAAUGAUCAUUUAUUUGCUCUGCAAAUUUCCCAAGUACUGUGUAGCAGUGUAACAUGAUGCUCAUGAUCUUCAUAGAGGUGUUUCAGUGCAGAUGUCCAUCAUGUAAACUAGUGUGUACAUGUUGUGUACUGCUAGUUGAUAUAUUUAUAAACAGAGGCUAGCCAAGCAUUUAUUAUUUCACUUUGUUCCCACAAUGGCUGUGCAUGACAUGUAUACUCUUAAUGUUGUUGAGUAAAAUGUUGAAAUCAA